CAUUCUUCAGGUGACACCACUACGAUUUAAUGGCGUUCCCGCGGCCCCCAGAGCUGCGGGCUGGGCUCGGCUGUGCCGAGGGAUUCCAGCAGGCAGGACCCGGCUGGAGGCCGCCGUGGGACACCCGGCUCCGCGGCACGGCUCCUGCUCGCGGGCUCCUCCGGGGGCCCGACCCGCCAGCACGCCAGGGGAUCCCCACGCCCUCAAGGGACCCCGCUCCCCUCAGCAGUUCGGGAGAGUCCUUCGCCCCUCAGCUCCCGCUGCCCUCGGCACCUCGGCGGUCCCGCUCCCCUCAGCUCCCGCUGCCCUCGGCACCUCACAGGGUCUCGAUCCCCUCACACUUGAGGAGGGUCCGGAUCCCCUCAGAGUGUCCUGCUCUCCUCAGCGCUCCAUGGAAUCCCGUUCCCCCCAGGGCCCCCGCUCCCCUCAGGGUGUCCCGCAGCCCCCACGGGCCCCGCUCCCCUCAGGACGUGCCGCUUCCCACCCCCUCCCAGCGCUCCCCUCACGGACCCGCCGCCAUCGGCCCCGCACCAACCUGGCCACGGCCUCGCCCAGCGCUCCUCCCAUUGGCUGGCGGCGCCGGGAGGCGGGACCUCAGCAGCGCCCGGCCAAUGGGAGCUCGGGAUGGGCCGAGAGAAGGGCGGGGAUGA